AAAGAUGCAACACUUCUGUUAAUCGCGUCUUUACGCGUUUCACUUUAACUUCUUGCCGUUGAUCCGCUGGUUCGAUAUAUACCAUUCUCAGGACCAAGAAACGCUGGUUAGACUUUGAUUGGAUCAUCCAGACGACCUACGAUCACUUUUGACAUAUCGGCAAUUAAUCUUACAAACGGCUUGUCACACACUCGGUGUCGGCACCUACGAAACUCAGUCUAGAACGAAAAGUAGAACUGAACCCCAAACUGGUUUCUCCCUCACCUCAGCGAUAUAAAAUCCACUCCGAACUUGGAAUCACCUCGCACAUUGUCUCCUGGAGAUCUGCCGUUCUCCCUGCCAACAAGAUGCCGUACAACACCACAGCAAUUCCUCCCCGAAAGGAAGUCACAGGCCAAACCCAGCUGCCCCUCACAAGGGUCAAAAAAAUCAUCGCCGUAGAUCCAGACAUCACAGUCUGCUCCAACAAUGCCGCUUUCGUGAUCACUCUGGCAACAGAAAUGUUCAUCCAACACCUCGCCUCCGAAGCCCAGAACAUGGCCAAAGCCGAGCGCAAGCCUCGCCGCAACGUGCAAUACAAGGACGUGGCCGCUGCCGUCUCCCACCACGACAAUCUCGAGUUCCUUGAGGACGUGGUGCCCAAGACUUCUUCCUACAAAGCCAUCAAGGCGCAAGCAGCGGCCGCCCGGGCCCGCGUCAAGGGCGGGAGCGACGUUGUGGUUCCUCCUGCGGGGACCGCCGCCGCGGUCGUUUUGGCGCCUGGACCGGUUAUGGGAGGACUGGCAGCUCCCGAGGGGGUUAUGCUAUCUUUGGAGCAGGGACAAGUGGGUGAUCAUGGAGAUGAGCGGGAUAGGAUGGCGAUGCUGCCGAAUGCCAAGAAGCAAAAGGGGUCCGGCGGGUUGCAGCAAACGUCCAUCUUGAUGUCUAUGAAUGGGGGGUUGCCUGCUGGUACAGGAAGCGGUGCUAGUGGAAGCAUUGGAGGGCUGGCGGCGCCGGUGAAUGGACUCGGUGCUGGCGGGGUUAAUACCGGUAUUACCAAUAUGGGUGUCACGACGGGUGUGGUGGGCAUGUCGUCGGCUUCGGGACGACCAUUUAGUUCUACUCCUGGUGUGAUGAGCGGCAUGAAUAGGGGUAUCUUGUCGGCAUCACCGCCAGCUACUACGUCGGACGAGGAUCCCAGCGCGCAGUUGCAGAUGGAGAUGAGGCAGGCGGCGUCACAGCAGUAUCGGGGUCAUGAUGGGGAUGUGGAUAUGACGGGUUAGUUGAGUGACUGUCCAUACAUACAGAGCCGAAUAGACGUGUUGAAUAUCCGGGCGAGUACAAGACGUUAAGAGGUGUAGAGUUGCCGAAUCAAAGACCAUGGG